AUGAUGGAGGAGUUCCUGGCCGAUCUACGCGAGCUGGAUGAGACGCAGGAACGCGUCGAGGCUGUGAGUGACGGUAUGAUGCGUGUACAGCGCUCAGGCGACGCGUCACAGGCGCGGGAAAUGGUGGAGAGCUGGAUCCAGGCACUGCGAGCCAGCGAUUUCCAGUCGGAGCGCGUGGCGUUCCUGUAUGUGGCCAAUCACGUGCUGCAGAAGACGCUUUUUGACGAGCUGGAGGCCAACAAGACGCCUCUGUUCGUGGACUUGUUCAGCCAGCACCUGGAGGAGGCUGUGGCUCUCGUAUGCAACUCCCCAAUGGACAGACAAAAUGUUACGCGACUUCUGGAAUUGUGGCACGAGAAGAAGAUUUUCUCGGACGUUCAGGUGCUUAAGAUGUGGCGCUGCACAGGUGAAGAUAUACCUGAAUUUUUAGAAGCUGCAGCUGCUGCAGAUGGAGGAGCGGACACCAAGCAGGGCAAUCUGAUCGGCAACGACGUCGAUAUGGAGGAGCUACCUGACAACCAGGACCCAGCGGGUGAGCUCCACCACGUGCUGCCUAUGAAGCUUAACUCGCACUCGGCCAAUCCGGUGCUGGAUGUUCUUAAAAAGAUUGAUCACCACAAGACGGCGGUGAAGUUCCUGGAUCAACAUAUCAGAGAGAGACACCAAUUUUUGCUCAAGGAUACAGCUACGAGGUACCAGACCGCAGCAGAUCUUGUUGCGGACAGAGCGACGGCGUCCUCACAGAUUAAACAGAGAGCGGAGGAUUGUUUGAGACUGGUGAAAGUGCGCAACAAAUUCAUCCGCGAAAUGGGAAACUUGAAAGCGGAGCUCUCGGACGCUAUUGCCAAUAUGAUCGACUACGAGGAAGAGGCCGCGGCCAAGAUUGAGCAGAAACUCGAGCAAUGUGAUGAGAUCGAUUUGGGGCUCAUGGAUGUGACAGAUCAUCAGAAGCAGUUUUCUGAAGAGUGGUCACGCGCACGACUGGUGAGUCUGGAGCGCCGAAAGCAGCGCGAGGAGAUUCAGCGCCAGAAGGAUGAAGAAAUUGCUCGUCUACAUCAGGAAGCUAUUGCCGAGAGCGCGAUGCAUGCCAUGAAUUUGGAGGCGGAUAUUAACUCCAGUUCGGCAUCAGAGCUACAGUUGCUGUCCAAGGAGUUUAAGGACCGCCCACAGGAGAAGGAUACCAAGACUGACAACGAAAACGAGCUCGUCUGGAACCCGAUUCGCAAAGAACUGGUACCGCUCCGAAGUCUGAACGUGGACUGGGAAGACUGGCGAGACCAUUAA